UGUGCUUUUGACAUGGUUUGUCCACGCUGCUGUGAAGAGAGUCUCUGCUCAAAGCACCGUCCUGUACUUAGACUAAAGACAGCUUUCUUAAACUCUCUAUAUUAGUCGAGUCUUCAUGAGGGACAGAGUUGUCAACUGCGUGCUGUUGCUUCAGAAGAUUAACAUUAGCGAGGUGACUGAGCUAGCUAAUAAUAACACUGUCAGUGACAAAUUGGGCUUAAAGCUGCCGAGUUCUGGACACAGUUCUACUCUCUGCAAAGUGUUACAGAAAUGACAAUCAAGGACUUAUUCGUGUCUGCUCCAGGGAAGGCGAUCCUCCACGGAGAGCAUGCGGUUGUGCACGGAAAGGUGGCUCUUGCUGUGAGUUUGAACCUGAGGACAUAUUUACGAUUAAAAGGCACCACGACUGGCAAUGUUUGCAUCAACCUCCCAAAUAUUGACACAUUCCUCUGCUAUGACCUUUCUGAAUUGAAACAGCUUAUUCCUGGCUCCUGCGGUAAGCGGGAGGAUGGGAAACUUCUGGAUGCUGAACUUGUGAGGAGACUGCGUGAAUUUAUCGGUGUCACCAAUGGAAACUUGGAUACCUGCAACAUGGCCACCCUAUCCUUCCUCUACAUCUACCUCUCCCUGUUUGGAUCAAGUGAGCUGCCCAGCCUGACGGUGUCGGUGUGGUCGGAGCUGCCGACCGGAGCGGGCCUGGGGUCGAGCGCUGCCUACUCUGUUUGUUUGGCUGCAGCUCUGCUCUGUACAAGUGGUGCCAUCCCCGCUCCCCUCAAAGAUUUGGAUCCCACUGCAAGGUGGUGUCAGGACGACCUGGAGCGGAUCAACAGCUGGGCUUUCCAGGGGGAGAUGAUCAUCCACGGUAAUCCUUCAGGAGUAGACAACGCAGUUGGAACCUGGGGUGGCAUGCUGAGAUUCUUGGCCGGGAAGAUAAUCCCACUGAGCAGGGUGCCGUUAUUAAGAAUCCUGCUCACUAACACCAAAGUACCACGUAGCACCAAGGUACUUGUUGCCAGGGUGAAGGACAAGAUUAACAAGUUUCCCUCCAUCAUGAUCCCAGUGCUUGACUCGGUUGAUGCCAUUUCCUGCACUUGUGAGAAAGUCCUCUCAGAGAUGACCAGCGAACCCAUCACCGGAGAGCACUAUAAUAUUCUAGAGGAGCUCAUUGACAUUAACCAGCACCAUCUGAAUGUGAUGGGCGUGGGACACUCCUCCCUGGACACACUGUGCCAGGUCACAUUGACCAAAGGGCUCCACAGCAAGCUAACCGGCGCGGGUGGAGGAGGCUGCGGUAUCACCCUUCUGAGACCAGAAACGGACUCCUCUGUUGUCCAGACUACAGUGCAGGACUUGAAAGACUGCGGCUUUGACUGCUGGGAGACGAGUAUUGGCGGGCCGGGUGUCCAGCAGCACUCUCCUCUCUCUGUUAAGGAGGAAGUUCUGGAGAUUUUGAACCGUUACUGAGACUGGGGCUUCACAAGAGGACAGUUUGUCUUUUACCGUGUUUACCUAAAGAGGUAUGCUCAACUAAUGAACUGAGCCCAAUGGACCAAGGACCAUUUCACACUGAGCGGAGACGGAAAGAGCGCCCUACAUUUUCUUGCUGAAAACGAAUUGUUUGGAAACCAACAGCAAAGGCUUACGUGUCUUUAACCAAUUAAUGAUUUUUAAACUGUGUGAAAAUGACUCAACAGUACGAUGUAUUGAGCGCUUUGUCCACAAGAUGGCAUCAGAGUUGCACAGAUGCUUUUUCAUGAGCCGGUUGUUAUGGUAAGGGGAUCUGAUGAAUUGAUUAAUGUCUAAGUGAAGCGCUGUUAGGAUUCAUUUAUAUUUCAAUCCAAAUGUUUAACAAAGAAGGGCCAACAUACUUUAAUGGAUUAGAUGAUGUUCACUGUUGUUGGAUAACAGCUAGAAUGAAUGUAGUUUACAGAAAUGAUGAUGGAGGGAAAAGUUUAAUACAUUUGUUGGGGGAUUAUUUAACAAAAUUCAGUGAUUAUUAUUCAGAUUUGUCUUCACAAGAGGUUCAUGAAAGUGCUUUGAUAUUUUUCUGUAUCUUAAACAAUGAUGGUAAGACCAGGAAAUAAUAACAAUAACUUUUGCAGUCAUACAUUAUUAUUAAGACAGAUGCAUGCUGCCUUAAAUCAACUCUCAAACAGAUUUUUCAUUAUGCUUUAUUUUGAACAUAAAUGAUUGAAAACUC